AUGAAGGUUGUUAAGCCGCUCACUGUGGUUAUAAAACUUGGUAAGUCAUUUGGUGCCCAGAGACUCCUUGAUGAGUCGGCGACAAGCACUGGAAAAGCCGAAGCGCAACAACUCAAGAAAGGACUUGAACUCAUACUCGAAAUAGGAACCAGUUCCAUUGUUGAUGAGAAGACCCAUGAGCCACUACUCCCCAUCCUGAGCCUGAUAGUCUCCACUGCAGUCAAGCUGCGUAAAGAUGGCCACAGGGUUGUUAUUGUGUCGUCUGGAGCCAUCGGCGUAGGCCUACAGCGUAUGGAUAUUGAGCGACGGCCCAAGCAUCUGUCACAGUUGCAGGCCUUGGCUGCAAUCGGCCAAUGCCGUCUGAUCAGUCUCUGGGAUCAACUCUUCGGCCACUACCGCCAGCCUGUGGCCCAGAUCCUUCUGACCAGGAACGAUAUUGCAGAUCGCCAAAGAUAUCUAAAUGCUCAGAACACGGUGGCCGAGCUGCUAGAGCUCGGCGUCAUCCCAAUCGUCAACGAGAACGACACCUUAGCUGUGGCUGAGAUCAAGUUCGGUGACAACGACACCCUGUCAGCCAUCACAGCCGCCAUGGUCCACGCCGAUUUUCUCUUCUUGAUGACGGACGUGGAUUGUCUGUACGACAAGAACCCUCGCACCAACCCUGACGCCCAACCAAUACAGGUAGUUGAAGAUAUCAACUCUAUUCAAGCAGAUGUCUCGAGUGCUGGUUCAUCACUUGGAACGGGCGGCAUGAGUACCAAGAUAGUAGCCGCAAAACUUGCGACGUCAGCGGGUGUGACGACUGUCAUAACACGUUCCUCGAGCCCAGAUAACAUCCACCAGAUCGUGCGAUAUGUACAGGCUACCAAGGUGUCAGAUGGCCAAGAAGAUCCCCUUUCUCGAUCUACAGCCUCACUAGCGCUCAAUGUCCAAGAGCCACCGCUUCAUACGAGGUUCCUACCGCUGUCGCAACCUAUACGCGAUCGGUACUUUUGGUUGCUUCAUGGUCUGGCACCUCAUGGCACGCUUUACAUCGACAGCGGUGCCCACCAAGCGCUGGCCGAUAAAGCCGGCCUGCUACCUGUAGGCAUCCUAGAUGUGGAAGGCUCUUUCGCCCAGCAUGAAUCGGUGCGCUUGGUCGUGGUGGAGCGGAGCUCAGAGCCGGCCGCAUAUGGUAAAUCAUGGCAAGGUACGCCGGUGGAGGUGGGACGGGCUCUCGUGAACUACGCGGCCCCCGAGAUUGUUCGGAUAAAGGGCCGCCGAAGCAAACAGAUCGAGGGGCUGCUGGGAUACGCCGACAGCCAGUAUGUUGCUGAUAGAGACAACGUGAGCUUGUUCCUUCACGAAAGUCGUCCAGUCACUCCCACACCAGAUAUCUGA